CUAUAUAACAACAUAAACUAAUAAUUAUAUAUAGUACUGGUAUUGUUGUGUGUGUUUAUGCAAUAUUAUACAUAUAUCAUAUGCUAUAUUUACCAUACAUAGAAGAUAAGGAUGAAUAAAAUGUUUAAUAGAGUGCGUGCUGCGUUAUUAAUUCUAGAAACCAGUGCUCUAACGUGGUAUCCGAUCAUAUAUUCUUAGUUUCUUUCUUCUUAUUUAUUUAUUUUUCCUGAGGAAAUAAUAUUCUUUCAUUCCUUUUACAUUUAUCUAUUUAUCUUAUCCAUCUUUCUAUCUAUAUAUCUUAUCCAUUGAAAAUAAGAAGUUACCUCCACUCAAACUACUUCAAAGUAAGAUGGGGAAUCAAUCACAGACAAUAUGAGUCUUUUGGCUGCUAUGGCAUCUUAUUCAAAUUUGAAACAAAAAAUUCUGGUGUCGAAGGAAUUUGAACCUCCAAUCAAGGAAGUUUCCAUGGUAUCCCUGUUGUUUCCGUUGCAUUCAAAGAAGAAAGUCAAAAAGAGGAGUAGACCUAUUGAUGUUGCUUCUCCUACUCAAGACUCUAGCAGAGAGAAGUUUAGUACUGCUGGUGCUGAUGAGAGAACUACAAUCGAUAUCUCUCUGGAUGAGGCUGAGACUGGUGUUCCGAACUCUGGUUUAGAUUUAGUGGAGCAGCUGCGUGCACAGGGCUCCGGGCUUCUUGCCCAUGGUGAUACCUUGAUUGGUUCCAAGGCUGAGAAUAUCCUGUUACAAAAGUUGGUCAGCACUAAACCUCCACAAUAUGUUAUUGCUCAAAGAUGCUUCACCAAAAUCUUCGAGGCUUGUGUUGGUUAUGCUUACACCAUGGAUAACGAACACAAGAAGGUAGUUGAGCUUGCUGAGAAGCUCGAGGCUAUAGAAGAUCGUGAUGUUGCUGCAAAAGACUAGGUGACUGCUUUGAAGGAGAAGAUUGAUUCUCUAGACAGUGAGUUGACUAAUCUUUGAGAAGUGGCUAUUGGUGUCAAAGCUCAAGAGAGUAGCUUGAAGAAAAGCUUGGAAAUUGCUCGGAAGAAGACUUCGGGUAUUGAAGAGCCUUCUUGUCUUGCACUUGAUGUACAUAGUUAAGCUGCUGCUGAGCUUAGAGAUCAAAUCAAGGUCUUGAAAGAUCAAGUAACUACUCAUCAAGUUGUUCUUGACAUCACCUUCUACGACGGCUUAUGAUUUGAUGCCAUCUACAAUGAUUGCUCUGCCAAUGGAGGAGCAAAGUCAUUCAAUUGGUCGGCCUUCCUUGAUAAA